GGAAGAUUAUUCUCAAACCUAGAGGAGACAAGAACGUUUUUAAAGUCAAACGAGAAAAUCGACAAACUCAGCCCAGCGAUAAGACUCAUGUUUUGUUCUACACUAGCCUAGUUUUUAUACGUUCUAUUCCAACACAGAUGUUCUGGGCCUAUGGAGGGAGUACUCAACUCGUGAGACAAGCUUAACUUACAUCUCCUCUACUCCACCUACACAGAAGAAGAUGAAGGUCUACGCACAAGACUCACUGGACGUGCGGCCCCACGGUACCCGUCUGAUCCAAGAACACCUGACGGUGGAGCCACACGGCUCCGUCACGGUCCAGGGCGACUUGACCGUCCAGGGCGGCGUCCUGAUCAAAACAGACGGCUCCCUGGUGGUGCGGGAGGGCGGCACGGCCACAGUCCAGGGCGCCCUGACGCUGCACGGCUUCCUCGUGGUCGACGGCGCCCUGACCGUGCAGGGGCCGCUACUGGUGCACGGCACCCUGCUCGUGAGUGGGGGCAUGACGGUCCAGGGCAGGCUCGUCAUCCAGCCCGAGGGGUCGGCCACGGUCGAGGGCUACGUCACGGUGCAGGGGUCGCUGAAGCUACAGCCACGGGGCGCCCUGCAGGGGAAGCCCCCGGGCACCAUCAGGGUGGUGGGGCACCUGGAGGGGUUCCCCGACCAGCUAGAGCAGAGUCAGUCGCAGCACCAGUUUGAGUCGGCGUUAGAAGUCACUCGAACGUGAGUCAGUAGGACUUGAGUCAGUAGGACUUGAGUCAGUAGGAAUUGAGUCAGUAGGAAUUGAGUCAGUAGGAAUUGAGUCAGUAGGAAUUGAGUCAGUAGGAAUUGAGUCAGUAGGAAUUGAGUCAGUAGGACUGUGAGCGAUCAAAUUCAAACAUCUAAAAACUUUAACAUCUGACAGGAAGCGACAAAAACAAUGUAAAAAUAUUCAAAUUUCACCCUUUAUAUUUGUAGUUUACAGUAAAACUUUACAUCUUUACUUGUG